AUGACAACUUACUCUUCCAGUUCUAUGGAACUGUUUUCAACCAAUCAAUUGGCCGAUGAAACAGGUCUCAGAGCUGCCUUGUGUCACUUAGACGCUCUAGGAGGUCACAGUGGAUUACAACCUACAAUUGAGUAUCUGCUCUCUCUCCCUCAUGUUUUUGCACACAUUGUCUCAGUUUGGGAUCGCUCUACAGAAAUGAUCUCGCAACUAAUGGCUGACUUUCCUACAGACACCCAAGAGUACCGCUCAUCUCUUGCAGUGCAAGAUGCUGGACAAUCUCUCCCCAUCAAAGCCCUUCUCUUCCCAAAUGUAGAAGAGUCUGCCAAAGAUGUUGCGCCUGAAGUUUCAUUCCCUGAAGAUGCCAAGAGCUUAACAGAACAAAGUGCAUAUCUGAUGGUGCAGCCCAUGAAGGCUGCUCUUUACUUUGAAAAUGCGAACUGGGCAUAUAAACAUCUACGUGAACACCGUCGAGUGGACAAAAAAAUAUUCAAGAUUAUCUACAAGAAGAUCAAGUCCAUCUUUCGACAAAUCUCUCGCACUGGUCAAUUCUCAGCCAACAAUCACAAGAGACUCAAUGGGCCGGAUGCAGGCAUUCCUGUCUUUGAAGCCAAGAUGACCAAAGACUUAUGGCUGGUGGUAGACAUCAUUUCUCAGAAACUCUGGGCAGGAGAUAACCUAUUUCUAUCACAGUACCAGAUUGAUUGCGUCCCUGACCGGGAUGGAGAAUCAGAGAGACAAGCCUCAUUCCCACCGACGGAGCCCAAGCCAGAAACUCCGGCUAGCCCACUGGAUCUUAGUGCCAAGGACAUGGAACAUCUUCACUCUUUGCUUGUCCUAGAGAAAUAUGUUACAUUCUCGCAAGCAUUUUUGCAUAGUCUCAUCGCAAACCAAGAUGUACACCAUGUCUUCAUGCUCUCUCCUCAAGAACAAAAGGUUGUUGAAUCCACUACGUCAUGCUAUGUUUUGGGUCGCAGUGGCACAGGGCUUCUCGAGUCUCUUGCAAUGGCAGGCUAUACGCUGCAGGAAAUUGCGAAACUUGAGGCACAAAGCAUCGAGGACGAUCUUAUUGAUCUUGACACAUGCUCCUGA